AUGGGCAUUCAUGCGGAUGUGCAAGCCAAGUUGCAUAUCUUAAACGACAAGUACAAGGAGCAAGUCGACAAGCAUCAACAACAACAGGUGUUUAAGGUGGGUGACAAUGUUAUGGUCCAUCUAUGCAAGGAGAGAUUUCUGACCGGAACCUCCAACAAGUUAAAGAAUAAAAAGAUUGGACUGGUACCGAUCCUCCCAAAGAUCAAUGACAAUGCUUACAUUGUUGAUCUUUUGUAUGACAUUGAGAUCUCGCGUACUUUCAACGUCACAGACCUGACCGAGUAUCAUGAACCGAAGCAGGAUGAUAACAUAAGGACAAGUUCUUUUGAAGUGGAGGAGACUGAUGCAGAGCGGGUCAUAGACGCUUUCAUGAUGGACGGGACAUCACGGUCAGCCCCAUCGAGCUUCCGUCGCAGGGAAGCGGACUGCGUGCGGCCCCGCGGCAGGAAGUUCAUCUGGAAAGCUUUUGCAGGCAAUCCGUGCCCCUCAAAUUCUGAAGCCAUCUAG